CUCCCAGCCCCGCAGCGGCCGAGCUGCAGCCGGGGCUCAGUCGCCGCCGCCGCCGUGAACAUGGAGCCCCCGGACGCACCGGCCCGGACGCGCGGGGCCCCGCGGCUGCUGUUGCUCGCAGUCCUGCUGGCUGCGCACCCAGAUGCCCAGGCGGAGGUGCGCUUGUCUGUGCCACCGCUGGUGGAGGUGAUGCGAGGAAAGUCUGUCAUUCUGGACUGCACCCCUACGGGAGCCCAUGACCAUUAUAUGCUGGAAUGGUUCCUUACCGACCGCUCGGGAGCCCGCCCCCGCCUGGCCUCCGCCGAGAUGCAGGGCUCUGAGCUCCAGGUCACAAUGCACGACACCCGGGGCCGCAGUCCCCCGUACCAGCUGGACUCCCAGGGGCGCCUGGUACUGGCUGAAGCCCAGGUGGGCGACGAGCGAGACUACGUGUGCGUGGUGAGGGCAGGGGCGGCAGGCACUGCUGAGGCCACCGCACGGCUCAGCGUGUUUGCAAAGCCAGAGGCCACUGAGGUCUCCCCCAACAAAGGGACACUAUCUGUGAUGGAGGACUCUGCCCAGGAGAUCGCCACUUGCAACAGCCGGAAUGGGAACCCGGUCCCCAAGAUCACGUGGUAUCGCAACGGGCAGCGCCUGGAGGUGCCCGUAGAGAUGAACCCAGAGGGCUACAUGACCAGCCGCACAGUCCGGGAGGCCUCGGGCCUGCUGUCCCUCACCAGCACUCUCUACCUGCGGCUCCGCAAGGAUGACCGAGAUAACAGCUUCCACUGUGCUGCCCACUACAGCCUGCCCGAGGGCCGCCACGGCCGCCUGGACAGCCCCACCUUCCACCUCACCCUGCACUAUCCAACGGAGCACGUGCGGUUCUGGGUGGACAGCCCAUCCACUCCGGCAGGCUGGGUACGCGAGGGUGACACUGUCCAGCUGCUCUGCCAAGGGGACGGCAGCCCCAGCCCGGAGUAUACGCUUUUCCGCCUUCAGGACGAGCAGGAGGAAGUUCUGAAUGUGAAUCUCGAGGGGAACUUGACCCUGGAGGGAGUGACCAGGGGCCAGAGUGGGACCUACGGCUGCAGAGUGGAGGAUUACGACGCAGCAGAUGACGUGCAGCUCUCCAAGACGCUGGAGCUGCGCGUGGCCUAUCUGGACCCCCUGGAGCUCAGCGAGGGGAAGGUGCUUUCCUUACCUCUAAACAGCAGUGCAGUCGUGAACUGCUCUGUGCACGGCCUGCCCACCCCUGCCCUGCGCUGGACCAAGGACUCCACUCCCCUGGGCGAUGGCCCCAUGCUGUCACUCAGUUCUAUCACCUUCGAUUCCAAUGGCACCUACAUAUGUGAGGCCUCCCUGCCCACAGUCCCGGUCCUCAGCCGCACCGAGAACUUCACGCUGCUGGUCCAAGGCUCGCCAGAGCUAAGGGCAGCGGAAGUAGAGCCCAAGGCAGAUGGCAGCUGGAGGGAAGGAGACGAAGUCACGCUCAUCUGCUCCGCCCGCGGCCAUCCAGAGCCCAAACUCAGCUGGAGCCAACUGGGGGGCAGCCCCGCAGAGCCAAUCCCCGGACGGCAGGGUUGGGUGAGCAGCUCUCUGACCCUGAAAGUGACCAGUGCCCUGAGCCGCGAUGGCAUGUCCUGUGAAGCCUCCAACCCCCAUGGGAACAAGCGCCAUGUCUUCCACUUCGGCACCGUGAGCCCCCAGACCUCCCAGGCUGGAGUGGCCGUCAUGGCCGUGGCCGUCAGCGUGGGCCUCCUGCUCCUCGUUGUUGCUGUCUUCUACUGCAUGAGACGCAAAGGAGGCCCUGGCUGCUGCCGGCGGCGGGAGAAGGGGGCUCCGCCGCCAGGGGAGCCAGAGCUGAGCCACUCAGGGUCGGAGCGGCCGGAGCAGACCGGCCUUCUCAUGGGAGGUGCCUCUGGAGGAGCCAGGGGUGGCAGCGGGGGCUUCAGAGACGAGUGCUGAGCCAAGAACCUCCUAGAGGCUGUCCCUGGACCUGGAGCUGCAGGCAUCAGAGAACCAGCCCUGCUCACGCCGCACCCGCCCCCACCUUCCCUCUUCCCUCUCCCUGCCCAGCCCUCCCUUCCUUCCUCUGCCGGCAAAGCAGGGACUCACAGUGGCUGCCUGCCUCUGGGAGGGAAGGAGAGGGAGGGUGGGUGGGUGGGAGGGGGCCUUCCUCCAGGGAAUGUGACUCUCCCAGGCCCCAGAAUAGCUCCUGGACCCAAGCCCAGGGCCAGGCCUGGGACAAGGUUCCGAGGGUCGGCUGGCCGGGGCUAUUUUUACCUCCUGCCUCCCUUGCUGGUCCCCCCACCUGACGUCUUGCUGCAGAGUCUGACACUGGAUCCCCCCACCCCGCCCCUGGUCCUGCUCCUGCCCCCACCCUACCUCCACCCCAGCCCAUCAUCUGUGGACACUGGAGUCCGGAAUAAAUGCUGUUUGUCACAUCAA